CUCCAAAUAUCCGUGCUCCCACACAUGACCAACACAACAAAAAUCCAACACUAAUUGCUAAUUAACUAAUCUGAUUGAAAACGACAGCGUUUCUGGUACGCAAGUAAAGUAUAUUUCGUACCGGCAAGUCUCCGGUAACGAUUAUCGGAAAUUGAAAAAUGCCGCCGGCGAAGAAAGGGAAAACAAAGGCUGGAUCAAAGGAAACGACUCCUUUAGAAAAACCUAACAAUUUUCCUUCGUGUAUUCGGUGCAUGCCUCCUUCAUCCGUUGCUAUAACCAUCCAUGCUAAACCAGGUUCCAAGUCCGCCUCCAUAACAGAUGUGAGCGAUGAAGCUGUUGGUGUGCAAAUUGAUGCACCGGCGAGGGAUGGUGAAGCAAAUGCUGCUCUUCUUGAUUACAUCAGCUCUGUUUUAGGUGUAAAACGAAGACAAGUAUCUUUAGGUACGGGUUCUAAGUCAAGAGAUAAAACAGUCAUUGUGGAAGAUGUAACUCAGCAAUAUGUUUUUGAUGCUUUGGAUAGAGUCUCAAAACAGUAGUUAUGAAAGGAGAGAAAAUGUGUUUUUCUUGGUGAGACGUCACGCUGCUCAUUCUUCUCAAGAAGUGAAGGCAGAGUAUGCGAUCACCUGUUUUCCUGUUACAAAACUAUCAACACCCUUAAUACUAUAAAACCAGCAUUUAGUAGUGCAAUUGCAUGUCGAUUUAUGCUGCUUAUAUAAUAUAUUGAUGAAUGUUGGCCUUUAUUUGUAAUAUGCUUUUACAUUGGUAGUUUUCAUUGUGUACAUUAUAAGAAUGAUUUGAUAUCCAUUACUCCCUUAUUGAUAUAGCUACUUUACAAUAAU